AUGAGGGCACCCCAUUGGAGCGCGCGCGCGGGCGACGGCGGUGCCCGCGGGGGUGUUAGGAUGCGCCGGCAGAAGACCGGAUCGUGGGGGGAAAUAUCCGGCGACGAGGAGUCGGGCGCGCCGCAUCCGUGGGACGCGGCCGACGGGGCCGACGGAUGGGGGCCCGGGAGCCGCGACACCUCCCCGACCGCGCUGGCGCUGCGCGGACGACGAAAGUCGAACAACUACGCGAUCGGGUCGGGUCCGGGUCCGUCGCCCGAGAGGUCCUCCGCCGGCGGUAAGACCCCGGGGACGACCUCAGGGAACGACGAGAAGACCACCACGGUGAACGAGGCGGCGCUCAACCUCGCCAACUGCGUCAUGGGCGCCGGCGCUCUCUCGCUCCCGUCCUACUUCAAGUCCUGCGGCGUCGUGCUCGGCAUCCUCGUGCUGCUCCUCAGCGGCGCGUGGACCUGGUUGAGCUGCGAGAUGAUGCUGCGCACCGCGGACGCGGUAUCGCAGCGGUUCCUACGGGGUAAACCCGUGGGCACGUACGAGGAUCUGGUGGACCUGACUCUCGGAUGGCGCGGCCGGGUCGCCACCACCGCGGGCAUCGUCCUCCUGCAGAUUGGCUGCCUGGUCGGCUACGCGAACAUCCUCACCGACGUCGUCUCGCCGUUCGCCAUAGACAUCCUGCCGCCCGGUUUGGAGCCCAACCGCGGGGCGAUACUCGCGGCGGUGACCCUGGGCGGCAUGCUGCCCAUGGGGGUCGUGGUCGGCGGCGACGCGGGGGGCGUCCUGGCGCUGGUGUCGAAACUCUCGAUGUCCAUAGUCGCGGUGUUUGCGGUGGCGCUGACGUGCCACGCGUUCGCACCCGGAACCAUCGUCGCGUCCCCGGGGACGACGGCGUCCCCGGGCGAAGGUGCCGACUCACUCGGGGUGGGAGUGGUCGACCCGUCCCCGGUGUCGCCGAUCGUCUGGUUCAACCCCGGCGGGGUGAUGUCGGCGCUCCCGCUGGCGCUCUUUGCGUUUGGAGCUCACCCCGCGGUUCUCCCGGUGGUGAAAACCAUGCGCCCACAAACCCUCGACGCCAACACGAAGCUGGUCACCACCGUCUUGGCGGCCUGCGCCGUGGGUUACCUGAUGAUCGGCCUCGGUGGGUACCUGAGCUUUCGCAAGGCGACGGCGGGUAACGUCCUGCGAAACGUCGACGGGUUCUUCCUCGGUCAGACUGGCGCCAAGGCGAUCAAGUUCGGGUACGCGCUGGUCAUCCUGGCGAGCGUCCCGACCAUCUUGUUACCCCUGCAGAAGGGCGCGAAGGACGCGUACGUCGCUCUGGUCCCGUCCGCGGCGAUUCACAUCUCAGGAGGCGGGCCGACGCCGGGUAAGCCCCCGAGGCCAACAAACGAAAAAGCCAAAAACCCAAACGAAAAAGCCAACACUGCCAAUACUGCCGCAGCCUCCGGCGUCGUCGUGGACGUCGCGCCCGAGGUGGCCGCGCGUCUGGCGCAGGGCGUGGCGCUGGGUUCCAUGCUCGUCGCCCUGACCCUUUCGCUGUACGUUCCCAACGUGGCCUUCGCCUUUGGCCUCACGGGUUCCACGUGCUCGUUCCUGGUGGCGUUCAUACUGCCCUCGCUGGCGUACCUGUCGGUGACGGGAACCGGACCGCGGGGCGGGGCGAGGCGAAGGGGGCGGGUGAACACCACGGGGGUGGAGCUGGGCAAGGCGGACAAGGCGGACGCGGACGUGGAGUUGAGGGAAAUUGAGGAAACGGUGACGGAAGGGGGUCGGUCCUUUGUGUCGGCGGCGGGGCUAUCAAAGCCGGGCGCGGGAAGGUCCGGCGGCGCCAACGGCAACGGUUGGGAGUGGCUGCAGGAGAGCGAGAGCGACCUCUCGGACGACCCCGCCGCCUCCCUCGUCGAUAAGGAGAAGCAGAACGGUCACUCGCGCGUUGUGACGACGGGCAAAGAACCCGUCUUUGCCGGCGACAGGUCCGAGCGAAUCGCCACCCGGCGCAGGCGAGGCUUCGCCAAAGCCACGAUCGUUCUCGCGGUGAUCCUCAUGUACUUUUGCACCCGAGAGGUGGUCCGCGAGGUGUGGCACGAGCGCAAGAUCGUGGAGGUUGUGUCCAAGAUCACGGACGCCAAGCUGGAGGCUGCGAAACUCGAGAAGGACGUCGAGACGAUUGAGUCGGCAAAGGAGGAAUACGCGGAGUCUCAGAAACAGUUCAAGGGCGCGCUCACCAACGCCACGGUGGCGCUCAGCGACGCGGAGCGCACCGGCGUGGGCGCGGACGAGCUCGAGAAGAUGAACCAGACCAUCGCGGAGAAGACCAAGCAAUUCGCGAAGGCUCCGCCCGCGGGCGGGGGCGUCAUCUCGGACCCGCCCCCCGCGCCAAACCCCAAACCCAAACCCUCCGAGAAGAAGAAGGCGCCGGAGCCCAAACCGAAACCCAGCACGGACGGCCAGCCACCGCCCGCCGGGGAUGAGACCUCCGUGACCGACCCGAGUGCCGGCGACGAAGUCAUCCAGAAGGCGGAGGAGAGCCUGAAGAAGGUGGAGGAGGUGGAGGCCAAGAGCGAGGAGGCCAAGGGUAAGCUGGAGGACGCGUUGGGAUUGGUGGACGAGAAGCAGAGGCGAAAGGAGGAGAAGGAGCGGAGGGAGGAGAGCGCGUGGCUCGAGGGGUGGGUCAAGGAGCACCAAGGCGAGGACAGCUCCAUCCUGGCCAACGUCGACGCGGGCGCGAAGGAUGCCGGAAAGAAGGACACAGACGCGAAGAAGAAGGAGGAGAAGAAGGAGGAGAAGAAGGACAAAAAGGACAUAAAGGACAAAAAGAGGGACGAGGGGGGAAUCGACGGCGCCGGAGACGAGUCGUCGUCGUCGUCCUCGGAGGACUUUGUCCACGAAAACGACGUCGCCAACGAUUACGCGGACGACAAGAGGAAGGCCUCGGGGGCUGGCGACGGUGGUCCGGGGAAGGAACCCCGGAAGAAGAACAACGCCACGGCCGCGGCCACGGCGGCGACGGACGAAGAAGAGGAAAAUGGGGGCAUCCCGGAUCCCUCCGACGUCGUCGCCAGGGCGGACGAGAAGGUGAAGGAGCUCAGCGAGCAGAAGCAGGAGGUGGAGAAGAAAACGGACGAGGUGCUGAGGGAGGCUGCGGCGCGGGAGGGCAUCGACGAGGACGAGGCGAACGCUUUGGCCGAAGCGCUCGCGGCGACGAAAAUGGGCGCGAGCGGCGUCACGGAGAAGAAGGCACCACCACCGACGGUCGGCUCGAAGGGUGCCGACCCGGGUGCCGACCCGGGUGCCGCCGUGCCGUCGACGUCGACGCGCGCCGCGGGGGACGGGGACGCGGAGGAGGCGAAGGGGGAAGCCUCGGAGGAUCUCUUCACCGGGAGAAGGCGAUUGUUUUGAUCAAAGUCAUCAGCCUUGAAAAGUUUCGUCCACCGCACCUACUCGUCGCCGCACCUACUCGUCGUCGACGCGUUCGUGGUCGGAUACCACGAUGUCCACCCCGAGCUUCUUCUCCAGGCGCUCUAUGCUCUUCUUGAACCGCACCAGGCUCGUGUCCGGUCCGAUCUCGAUCACGGCGUCAAUCGUGAACAGGUCCUCGUCGCCAAACGGCGCCGGCUGCGUGUCGGUAUUUAAAGUCUCGACGUUUAUACCCUC